AUUUUACAUCACUGCACAACGGCGUCGCUGUCAUUUUGCAACAGAGUCGGAAUCCGCGUUUAUUCGUUUUGCCUCUCAAUUUUUGUAAAAGAAAAUUGUUGCUGCUGCGUUGAGGCGGCUCGAGCAAAAGUGUGGAUGUGCUUGUGUCCGUGCUUGUGCUUGUGGUUGAGGACUCUGUCAAGUAUCUAAGAAGCAACAAUUGGAUACAUUCAACACACAUACACGCACACAAACGCACACGCACAUUCACAGACACAUACAUUCAGAAUGGAUCUGUUCGACAUGGUGCGCGCUGCACCACCACCACCCGCAGAAGAUGGGAAGGAUGAAGCUGAGGUGGACUCGGAUGCUAGCCCUAAAGUAAAAGCCUUCUCGCCAUCGUCGUCGCCAAUGCCAAUGACGCCAUUAUUCAAUUUAGAAGAUUCGGACACUGAGACGAUCCCACGUUCGCCGCUGGUAGAAGACGCCACAACGCCACCACCACUUAUCAUAUCUCUCGAUAUAGACGACGAAAACACUGAAGAUGGUGGGAUCAGAGCUAAAAAUAAAACCAAGAUACAGGCAUCUAAACGUACAUCACUCAAGAAGACCUUUAAAGACUCUGACGAAGACUCCGACAAGACCGAUGACUCUGACUCCGACGACUCCGAAGACGAAGUCAAGAAGAAGAACAAUGUGAAAGACAUCGACAGUGACAAUUACAGUGACAGUAGCAGUGGCAUCAGUGAUGACGAGGAGGAUGAAAAGAAGAAGAAGAAUCAGAAGCAAAAGUAUCAGAAGCAGAAGGAGGAGGACGAGGAAGAAGAAGAGGAUCAGGAAGAUCUACUGCAAAUACAGCCGCGCAAAACAAAGGGUGAACAAAAAAUGUUCACAGAUGCUACAGCGGCCUCAAAGAAGCAGACAGGCAAAAAAGCCAGCACUACUGGCGUCAGACGUUGCAUGGUGCGCAUUAAGCGCUUGACACAGUCGCAGAUUGACUAUCAUACCAAUGCCAAAGGCAAGGGCAAGGGCAAAGCCAAAGCCAAGGCCAAAGCUAAGCCCAAAGCCACAGAAAAGAAAGGUAAAGGCAAAGACAUCAAGCACAAGAAGCCUCGCAAGCGCCUAGCGAGCAUUUCGGAUUGCUCAUCUGUGGAAUCAUCUCCAUCGUCGGCCAAAAAGCCAAAGUCCAGCAAGGCCAAGGUGCACGUCAAGGUGCCCUUUCAGCAGAACGGCUCGAAGCCGCGGUCUUCGCUCAAUACAUCACGCGUGCACACACCGCCGCCAAGCCUGAAGAAAUCACCCAAAAGACUCAAGCCAUUGAAAGCUAGCAAAGCGAUGAUCAAAAAGUAUGGAUCGCGCUUUUUUAAUUGCUAUGUAAAGAUGAAACGUUUGAAGGAUCCGGGCGUGAGCAGCACAUCCAAGCGGGCUAAGCGCAAAUCAAAAUCGAACCUAUCCGUCUCAUUUAGUGAGGCCGUCGAAAUACUGGGCAGCAAGCCGCGCAAGUCUUCGUCCAUUGCGGGUGCGCUCAAGCAGACCACAAAUCUGAAUAGUUCGGUGCCAACGCGCUUGCAGCGAGUCGAUGCCACUGGCAAUGUGCUUGAGGACAUCGAACUGAAGCCGGAUACGGUAUUGAAAUCGUCGAAUAGCUCCGGGGGCCAAAGGAAGCGCGGUCGUCAGCCCGCUUGCAAUGGCGGGAAGCGUAACGGUAACAAACUGAAGCGUCCAGCUGUGCGUGUGCCAGUCACUGAUUUGGCUAGCUUGCGCAUCGAUGACAGUCAAGAUGAGGAGGAGCCGUUAGAAAACGAUGCUGGCGAGGAAUAUAUUGUGCCCAACGAUAUGCCCGCUUGUAAAACAUCGGGUGUGCAUCGCUCUUACACCCCGACGCCGCAGAAGAGAGUGGCGGUGGUGACAACCACAGUUAGUGAUGUGGAGGAUGCGGAUGAGUCGCAGCCACAGUGUAAAAUGAAGAAGACGGCUGCAUCGGAAAAUAAGAAUAAGAAUGAGGAGAAAGCUGAGUCAGAGGACGAGCAAAAGCAAGCGGAUGAAACUAAAGAUUCGGAUGAAACAGAUACGGAACGGGAAUCGGAACAACCAAGCCCAGAGAAGCCACAGAAGGCGAAGCAGCCCGAGCAGAGCGAUUCAUCAAAUAGCUCGCCUCUGCUGACAGUGCUAACGGAUGAUGUUACCACAGAUGACAUAUUGGAGAUUCAAGCAUCUAUGGAGGAUGUGCGUGAGCUGCACACACCGCCAUCUAGACAGGAUACGCCGCUGCUGUCGCUGCCGUCGACAGCUACUAACAAUCGUGACCAGCGCUCCGAGUCGCCGGAGUCAGAGAGCAGCUUCAAAUCGGCCGAUGAUCUAGAGAGCAGCGUUGCCAUCGAACAGACAUCAUCAGUGCAGUCAGCAUCGCCAGGCCAGCGCCAGGCCAAUACAUCCGACUCGUUUGUCGACGAUCAGUCGACAUCACCGGCUGGUACACCCAGCACGCGCGGUGAGAAUCAGCAGUCGAUGUACGCGCCGAUUAUCGAUAUGCCGAAUCUAGAUGAUGAUCUCGGUCCUAUUAUAGAGCCCAAUUUUCAAAUGGCCAACAGCCUCAAUUCAAAUUCUAGACUUACAAUGGAGGAUAUUUUGACAGUGUUCGAGACUUAGGCAAACCCAACGAGAUGAACGCGUCGCGUAGUAGACAGAUACAAUUUGUGAAGCCUCCCAACUGUGGAUGUUGUGAAAUCUAAAUGGAGAAGUUGAAGCAAUGAAGCAACCUGACAACUCUUUUUUAUUUACUUGAGUUAUCAUUUUUUUGUUAGUCUCACAUCUAAAACAAGUGGAGUGCUAAUUUGAAUAACUAUGAAUAUCCUUCGUUACCCGUUGGGUAAUAUACUCAAAACUUCAACAACUUUUAUAUAUGUGCAUCACAUAUACUAUGGGUUUGCUUAACCACAAAAAUAAGUAUAAUAAAAUUGAAUUUUUUUUUUUUUUUUUUUUUUUUAACUUAAUUUUAUUGUUUUUUUAAAUUUGUAUAGAGCUAUUUUAGAAAUAUAUAUAUAUAUAGCUCUAGUCAUACGAGCUCUUAGUUGACAUACUCUAUAAUAAUCUGAAAUUAAAAUUAACUGGAACACUAAGUUUUACAUUUAAGUUUAGGCGACCUAAACUUUGUUAUGUUAGCUAGUUAAGUGGAUCAAGCGCAGACGUGCUUGAAUUGCUCCAUUGAAAACUUUUUUAAAUAUUUUUUUUUUAAGUAGAUGUAAAACAAAUGGAUGUAUUAUUUUAAAUCAGAAUAAAGUCUACGUGUAAAAGGCAAAUGCAGUUGCUUUCGUUGUAAUAUUAAUAUAUAUCUAUAUUUGAUAUAUGUAUGUCUAUAAAUGUAAAAGAUCUUGAUCGUAGAAUAGCUAUCCAAAUAUUAGAGAAAAUUAUGAACAUACAUGAUAUAUGAGGGUAGUCUAAGAAACAAUAUAUAUGUGUAAAAAUAUAAAUAUAUACAUUUAUGUGCAUGUAUAUGUAUACAAAUACAUA